AUGAUUCGUACAGGAACCGCAGGUCAUGAUUUCCUCGUGGUGGAUAUUUUCGGACGUGCUUCAUCUCGUACAGUCGGUCUUGCGUCGAUCACUCUCCAACUCGAGCUCGUGCACUCAAGUCAAGACUUCCGGCACGGUAGAACCUUCCAGCUACUGCAGAUCCGCGUUGCCUAUGUGCUUUUGGCGACUGUGGCCACCCUCCUCGCAUGCAUCGAUGCCGCUACUGCAACAACUGACAAGUCUACAGCGAGCUUGUCCCUCCCUGAUCAUGAAGGUCCGCUUGACUUGGGCCGCCACAGGCACCUGCGAAGCCGCUCAGAUAUCACCAACGCAAGUGAAGAAAGAGUCCUCGGUAUCGAGAACUGGAGAUACUUCUCGAAUAAAACGUUGCACAAGAUACUGCAAGACGAGCACUUCCGACUGCGCAUGUUCAAGAAAUGGGACCAGUACGCUUUUAAGCGGUUCAUGCGACGAAUUCGCAUGUCCAAGAUGUCCGACUCGCGCAUCGCACAACUCAUCGUGCAGUAUAUCGCGAAGUACCGGACGUCAAACUUGCGCUUCCGUCGGUAA